CCUUCCCGCCAAAACCAAACCACCAUUUAUCUCCCAUUGACACUCACACAGUCACACUCACCAUUUUCAACCUUCACACACUGUGAAACAAAACAAGAAAUAAAAAUAAAUUAAAAAAAAAAAAAAACCAAAAUGGUGAUGGGUUCAUCUAACUUGAUGAUGGGCUUAACCCUGGUCCUAGUGGUCUGUCUAGCAAUAGUUCUUGGGUUAGUCCUUGUUCUACUAGCUGAACUCUACUGCUCCAUCCUCUUACGCCGCCGUCACACCACCGCCACCACUGCCGCCGAUCAAGAAACCACCACCGCCGCCACCGACCCACCACCAAAUCUCCCCAAUUUAUACACCCAAAGCAUCCUCACCGCCCCAAGAAACCUUCUCUACCCCACCCUCACCGGCGCCGGAGGACUCCCCGCCGGCGACAUUGAAAAGCAAAACCUGCCGGAAAAUCAAGAAAAUCUUGAAAAUGAUCAAGAUUUUAUGUACAUUUCGAAUCCUAUGUAUGAUGGGGAUGUUGAGAUUAAUGGGAGGAAGAGUAGGGUGGCCGGAAACACGCCGUUUGAGACGCCGGAUACUUCGCCGUCGCGGCUGGAGACGGAGGAGACGUCCUCCGGCGAUGACAGUGACGGCGGCGGUGGCGGUGGUGGUGGGGAGGAAGUGACGUCGGUGAAGGUGGUGGUGGUGACGCCGCCGUUGACUCCGGUGAAAAAGUUGCCGGAAGCGGUGGAUGACGGCGGCGCCGGUGGUGGUGACGGUGGUGGUGGUGAGGAUAGUAAUAACGGGGUUUCUUCUUCUUCAUCUUCCGGGACUCCUUGUACUUCUCUUUCUUGGUGAUGUUUUUAUUAUUAUUUUUUUGUUUUAUUAAUGAUUUGUAUUUUUGUGGUAAACUAACUUAGAUUAGUGGGGUUAAUAAGUUGUUUAGUAUGAUGGUUAGUUUAUGAUGAAAUUAUGAUUCCAUUA